AUGGCGCCUUCAAGAUUAGUUCUUCGGCCUGUGGCUCGCAUGCCAUUCAUGCGUCCUCAACGACGUCUCGCGAGCACAAAGCCAAACCCAAAACAUGUCCAUUCUGAUGGAAACCUUGGCGGCCCAGGAGGUCAACAGCCUCCACCUCAAGCACCGGGCGGUCCAGAGGCGCUCAAAAGGAAUUGGCCACCCAUCGCUGCAGCGGUUGCCGUACUGGGAGGAGGCUUUUGGAUCAUGCUCCCUAAGAAAGGAAACCCACCCGAGAUGACUCUACGAUCUCAUCGAGACCUCGAUAGCCCUGAAGGGUUGAAGGAGCUCAGUGGACGGAAGCCGAACUCGAUGGGUGGUUUCAGAGCUGACUAG